UCAGGGCCUCCCUUACUAACGGCAGGAAGCCGAAAGUUUGGGAGGUCACCUUGAGGUGACACAAUAAAAAUACACCUCCUGCGUGAGGAGGCCCGGCUGCCGUGUGGAGCAGCGCCGGGGGAGGCCCCGCUUGUCCCGCGGGAAAAGGUGUCAUGUUUUGCUGUCAGGAUGAGGAGCAGGAUCCCUGUCAUCCUCCUGGCCUGUGGCUCCUUCAACCCCACCACCAACAUGCACAUGCGUCUGUUUGAGCUGGCCAGAGACCACCUGCACCAGACAGGAAGAUAUCAGGUGAUUGAAGGCAUAAUGUCUCCUGUCAGUGAUCAGUAUGGGAAGAAAGGCUUGGUGUCAGCAAGGCACCGGGUGGCAAUGGCCAGACUGGCCCUGGAGACGUCUGACUGGAUCCGGGUGGAUCCCUGGGAGAGCGAGCAGGACACAUGGACAGAGACAGUGAAAGUAUUAAGGCACCAUUAUAACGAAGCACUCAGAGCGUUCCAGUCCAAGAAGGAGUUCAUGAGAAACAAACACCCUGCAGAAAGCUCUACGGUGGAUUCCUUUUCUUGCCAGCAACCAGUUCUACCGGAAUUAAAGCUGCUCUGUGGGGCUGAUUUUCUACAGACAUUUAAGACACCCGAUCUCUGGAAGGAAGAAGACAUCAAAGAAAUAGUGGAAAAGUUUGGUUUGGUCUGCAUUAGCCGGGCUGGCUCUGAUCCAUCUCAGUUCAUCCAGGAAUUGGACCUUUUAUCUAAAUUUCAGCACAAUAUUUUUCUGGUGAGAGAGUGGAUCCAGAAUGAAAUCAGUGCCACACAGAUCCGCUCUGCCCUGUGCAGAGGGCUGAGUGUGAAAUAUCUCAUCCCAGACUCUGUCAUUGCCUACAUUGCACAGCACAACGUCUACACGGCUGAGAGCGAGCGCAGGAACGAGGGGCACCUGCUGCAGCCCUGCAGGCUGCAAAACACAGCAAUAAAGCCUCUGAGGGACUGAUUUCUGCACUGUGUGCCAUGUCAGACCAGGAGCUUGCUCAUGUAGAUUUCUUCAGAAAGUUGUUUCUUAAUAAUGAUGAAGGGAAGGUCCAAAAUUUCUUGAAAUCAUGUGGUGGUUUAAAGCCAUGAAUCUGUGUGGUAGUGCUCAAGAAAAUUGGGAUGCUCAGCUGUACAGCUUAAAAUACACAACAGCUUCCUUGUGAAAAUAAAAGAAAGGAGAUCUUCA